GUGACCAGUAUAAAGAGGCGGGGUUUGAAUGUAAUAAUGUAGCUAAUACCUACAAUGUAACCAUCUAGAAAGUGUUCAAUAAAACUGACAAUAAUCGCAGAAUAACUAGCAACCAGCGCUCCAUUGAACAGCUUACAAUUGAACCGCAACGGAUCAAAUGGGAGAACCGCAACAGAUUAAAUGGGAGAACCUCAUCAAAACCGAACGGUUGAGGGGACGGGGUAUGGAGUCAAAUAAGGCUAAUGCAUAAAGUAACUGAAGGCCUUAGGAAUCACAGAAGACUUCCCCUCUUCCAUCUUUAAACGGGAACAUGCCAUCUGAACCAUGUGUCAGUGGCCAGGAGCUGGUAACAGGCCAAAGACUGUGUCAGUCCAAGUCUCACCAGGACUUUGUCCUCUCAGCCCUCAACCAGCAGAGGAAGGACGGUCUGCUCUGCGAUGUAACCCUGGUCGCUGGCGACCAGAAAUUCCACGCCCAUAAAGCGGUGCUGGCGGCGUGCAGCGAUUACUUCCGGGCCAUGUUCAGUCUGUGCAUGGUGGAGAGCGAGGCAGAUGAGGUCACUCUUCAGGGAGUGACCAGUGUGGGCCUGAAACAUGCGCUAGACUUUGCCUACACGGGACAGAUCGUGCUGGAGUCUGCGGUGAUUCAGGAAGUUCUGUCAGCAGGAAGUCACCUUCAACUGCUGGAGCUCCUCAGCCUUUGUUCAAACUACCUUGUACAGGAGCUGAACAGCGUCAACUACCUGGAGCUGUACCGCGUGGCCGACCUGUUCCACCUCCCGAAUCUGGAGGAAUCCGUGGUCAGCUUCCUGGUUGAACACCUGUGCGAGCUGCAGCAGAGCCGCCAGGACGAGCUCCUGCUGCUCCCCUACCGCCUCCUCAGGGAAGUGCUGAAGAGUGAUCGCCUCACCUCACUCAAUGAGGAGGAGAUCUGGCAGCUGGUUGUGCGCUGGCUAGAGCACGACUGCUGCUACCAGUACGCGGAGGACCUGCUCCAGCACGUGCGCUACGGCCUCAUGGACGUGCCCGCCUUGCACCACGUGGCGAAAUGCCACCCGCUGAUCCAGUCCAGCGCUAGCGCCACUGCCCUGGUGGAUGAAGCCCUGGAGUACCACCGUGCCACUUACGCCCAGCCCCUCCGGCAGACCGCCCGCACCAAGCCUCGCUUUCAGUCCCUGACCCUCUACAUCGCUGGCGGGCGCAAGCGCGAGGUGAGCCGCGUGAAGGAGCUGCGCUACUUCAACCCGGCGGGCCGGGAGCAGGCGCGUGUCUCCGGAGGAUCCAACUGGAGCGAGCUGGCCCCCAUGGCGGCCGGGCGCAGCCACCACUGCGUGGCCGUCAUGGGUGACUUCCUGUUCGUGGCAGGCGGCGAGGUGGAGCAUGCCACGGGGAGGACGUGCGCGGUGAGGACCGCCUGCAGAUAUGACCCCCGGGGGGACUGUUGGACUGAAAUAGCCUCCAUGAAGGCGUGCAGGGAGCACUUUGUCCUGGGGGCGCUGGGGCAGUACCUCUAUGCGGUGGGGGGGAGGAACGAGCUGAGACAGGUUUUGCCCACCGUGGAGCGCUACUGCCCCAGGAGGAACAAGUGGACCUUCGUCCAGUCCUUCGACCGCUCGCUGUCCUGUCAUGCCGGCUGCGUGGCUGACAACCUGCUCUGGGUCUCAGGUGGAGUCACAAACACCGCUCAGUACCAGAAUCGACUGAUGGUGUAUGACCCAGAACAGAACCAGUGGCUGACUCGGAGUCCCAUGCUGCAGAGGAGGGUGUACCAUGUGAUGGCGGCGGUGAGACGGCAGCUUUAUGUACUGGGCGGUAAUGACCUGGACUUCAACAACGACAGGAUCCUGGUCCGCCACAUAGACUCCUACAACAUAGACAUGGACCAGUGGACCCGAUGUACUUUCAGCCUGCUCACAGGUCAAAAUGAAUCUGGCGUGGCAGUUCAUGAUGACCGAAUCUAUGUUGUUGGUGGAUACUCAAUUUGGACCAACGAGCCCCUAGCAUGUAUUCAGGUGUUGGAUGUGAGUACAGAAGGGAAAGAGGAAGUGUUUUAUGGACCAACUUUACCAUUUGCCUCUAAUGGGAUAGCAACAUGUUUUCUUCCUGCACCGUACUUCACCUGCCCCAACCUACAGACUCUACAAGUGCCCCAUCACAGGAUAGGAGCUGUCUGACACCCCCAUAGAGACUCCUGUUCAUUUUUACAGAGUCGUCAUUCAAAAUAUAGAUAUGCAGUUAUGUAACAGAAAAUAACAAAGACAGACGGCCCGCUCUCUCUUGAUGAAUACAAACAUACACCAUCUGUACUUAACACAUACACGCCAGUGCCAGAUCAGAUUCCCUGUCUGCUUCCUCAAGUGGGAAUGCAAACCUGACCUAUCUACUUCACUGCCUAUCAUCAGGGCGUGACACUAACACUGAACAGGGAAAAGUAGCUCUGAAUGGAAAAGCAUGGUCCUUCAAGAGAGUGUUGAGAAAGUGCCCAUCCAGCUGCUUGCCCUUCGACAAUGUUACUGAAAUUCCCCAUAAAUCCAGGAAGUAAAGUGAAUUUCUGAAUUCAAAUUUCUGCUUGUUAAAAAGCAUUAAGAUGUCUGGGAAAUGUACUUUCCUAAAUUGGCCCGGCCCCUGCUCAAAUGAGUGGUUCAACAAUGUGCUGCUGUAUUCUAACUGGUGCAGAUCACAAGAUGGCCAUGCUGGACCAUUCAAGGGGAGCAGAGGAUCUCCAUGGAGUGAAACCACUACAUACUACAGCAUUAACCCUUAAAAGCAUUACAGGGCUAAUGGGAAUAUAUUACAUCUAUGUGCUCCAUAUGAUGGCAGUGGACUUAUCCCGGAACUUUCGAGCUGAAACAGGUUUCACCUGUCAACUGCUGACCGCUGCUGAGUAUUUUUGGAGUGCAUUUUCUAUCUGAGCUCAGGAUUUAAGAACGUCCAAUGAAUGUCUGACUACAGAUCAGUUCAUACAGUGAAGACUCUUAGGAAAAAUAGGCUUGGGCCCUGUGCUAAUAUAUAGUGAUGAAAGGGGCAUUUGAAAUCAGCAAAUGGUGCAAUUUGUUUAAGAUAUUGUGUGUAUGUAUGCUAUGACAAUGAUGUUUUCGAAAUGCGGACCCUCCUAUAAUUUGUUUUACUAGAUUUCACCUGCGUUCUUGCAUAUACUAUCAUCUUUAUAACCAAGUAUUAAUCUACUGCAUUGUUUAGUAGCCUGAAACACAAGCAUUUCGCUACACUUGCUCCAACAUUUGUUAUAAUGUGUUUACGACUAAUAAACUUGAACUUGGACUG